CCCCGAGUCCCGAACACGAUUCAAAGAGUGGAGUGUAAGUGUAUUUACAAGUUGCAAAUCUUGUUUCUAAUUCGAAUCAAAUAAUAAAUAAGACUGGCACAAUCUCUAAAACUAGGAUAAUGCUACAGACUUGACUUGUAUAAAUAUACAAUUUAUUAACAGUACGCGAAGGUGACUUCGUUUAGUUCUGAUAAUUUUAGAAAUAAUUGAAGAGAAGUUUCAUUGAUUAUGUUCAUUGAGAGAUAAAUACAGUAUGAUUGUAGUGCCAAAAUAAGUCUUUAUAACUAAGGCAAGGGUAAGACAACUACAACGAGCCAAAAAGUAACUAACCGUGAACAAAUAUUUGUAACCUACCUAUAUCUUAGUCAGUGGAUAACUUGUGUUCAUCAGAAUAAUAUUAUAAAUAAUGAAGUAUGUCGAUGAACUGUAUCUUUGGGUUCUCAUUAUUUCUUCUGUUACUAGUUGUUCUCAACAUAUACUUCUUUUACAACCUGAGUGUAGAGCACAGACCUGCUACUUUUAAGCUGCCUAUGGUGAAAUCAGAACCCAUACCGCCUGUAAUCAAAGAAAUAAACGAAUACCUCAAUCGUUUGCCUAGUCAAUACCACACCAAAAAUUUUAAAUUUAUUUCUGUACAAAGAAAUUUAAUUAGCUCAUUUAAUUCUUCGGGAGCUAGUUUAGACAGUGUUUGGCAAAAUGUUGAAAAUUGGGCUGAUGAAGAGUCCUUGUUCCCCUAUAAGAAUGGUGCAGCAGGACAAAUAUUGCAAGCCAUGCGCACCUCACAGAUAGCGUUUGUUGACAAUGCUCCCAAGGGCACGCAAUUGAAGUUAUUACUUGUGUUGAAGGGAAAUCAAAAACUAUACUUUAAACCUAAAAGGUAUAAUUUAAGUGAUGUCAUAAGAGGCAACAUAUAUGCUGGCUAUGACCGCCAUAAUUCCGAAGUGUUCACAUAUUACCUUGCUAUGGUAUUGAACUACAAAUGGGUUGCCCCUUCUGUUAUAAGGAGGAUUAAUAUAAACUAUGACAUUUUAGCUCAUGCUAUGCCUGGAUUGAAGAGAACUAUGGUAAAAAAUAGUCAAGGUUCAGAUUGUAUUUAUGGAAAGUGCUAUUAUUGCAAAAUAAAUGAAACUGUCUGUCCUGACAGCACUGGUCACAUCGAAGGAGCAGGUAUACUGUACUUAGAUAAAUAUUUCAAAAUGAAUAUGUCACCUUGGAGACGUUCAUAUAAUAGUAUGAAAAUGGAAUGGGAAAAUGAUAAAGACUUCUGUAAAAAAGUCUCAUCACUUCUCAGUACUAAGAGAAUAUUAAAUUUAAUUGAUAUUGCUAUUAUUGAUUUCUUAAUACAAAAUGGUGAUCGACACAGAUAUGAAGUAUACAAACAUAAAAUACUCCUACUUGACAAUGGAAAGGGGCUGGGUAAUCCAAUGUUGGAUGAACUCGAUAUAUUAGCGCCACUCUAUCAGUGUUGCAUAAUUUCUUCAAAGACAUGGCAAAUGUUAGAACUGGUGUCAGGGGGCAGUCUUAGUGAGACAAUACAAUUGUUGGCUUCAUUCCAAGGGGAAAAGCUUACCACUGAUGACCAUUACCGAGCUAUAGAACGACGACUUUUAAAGGUCUAUGCUACAGUAAUGUAUUGUAUAGGGAAACAUGGCAGUGCCAAUGUCUUUCAUAAUAUAGACGGAAUUUAAAUCAA